UAGUUUUAUCACCCCUUGUGCACAAAUAAAGUCAUGGAAAAGAAACCGGUACUGAUGGAAAUCCUGAAACACAGCGGAAGUAGGGGUGAAAACGAAAGUAGAUAUCGCAUCUGAAAUAGUCACGUAGCCUACGUUUACUGGAAACCAUGGAAGCCACUGCGCUCAUGUUGCCCAGUGUGCGCUGGCUUGAAGAGAAGGUUGCUUCUGAUUCUGAUUCUGAUUCUGAUUCUGACUCCAGUGCUGAGUUUGAUGAAGAUAAUAAGGUUGCCAGUGCUGAGGUUGAUGAAGAGGAGAUGCACUUCAAGUCACGUUGUGAAAAAUGUAAAACAGCUCAGCAGAGUUCUGAGUAUUUGAAGAUUACCCCAAGCAAGAUUUCUAAGUGGAGCUUCCAGGUACAGCUGAAAGGCAAAGGGACCUAUGAGUGUUCGGCUACAGGUCUGGUGUUUGAAGUGUCGGAGCAGGCUCUGGUCCGCUACUCGGUCCUGUCCUGGUUCCAAUUCUCUGAGUUCCUCCAAGACUCCUGGAGGCCCGCUGGAUCGAUUUGGAAUGUGGAUGUGGUCAACAAGGAUCCAUCUGUGCUCAAGUUUAUCCAUUUCCCCCACUCUCUGUGCCUUGCUGAACCUGAGCAUGAGCUGAGCUUCAGUGUUCUGCAUGUAAAGGAUCGCCAUGCCAACAUUGAGACGACGGUGGACUUCACGUCAAGCCAUGUUAAAUGGCGCGUGUCCUCGCUUUCUCCUGUGGGUCUCAUCAUUCCGAGCAGUCUGCAGGUGAAGCACCAUGCGUUGGUGCUGAUUUACAAGGAGCGGAUCAAAUCCAAAAAAAAGAUAUCAAUCUUCCACGUGUUUUUGGCCUCGAACGACGGCUCUGAGAUCCAGGCUAUUGAAGAACAGGUGCUCUCUUCUCAUAAGAUAUUGAUCAAGAUGUACAAAUCGGCCGCCUGUAGGCUGGGAGAGAAGUUCCACUGCCUCACAAGCAAGCCAAAAGGGCAAAUUGAACCCCCGAAACUAGAAUUUGUUAAUAAAUUGUUAGCGUCUAAGGGAUUUUUUGAAGCACGCUUCGGUGAGCGUCCUCCUUUCGAAUUGUUUCUGAAGGACUCUGACUGUGAUGAGCCUUUGUGGUCUGCUACAAUCAGAGAAGAGGAUUGGAAAUUCAAGAAGAAACCAAGUGUAAAACCAAGACGUAGGUUAUUACCUUUCAAGAAGACCCAAGUGGCAAACAUCAGACCGGGAGGGGAGCUUCAAAGGAUCCGUUCUGAAUGUGUGCAAAGAGUUUCAAUCUCAGUUAUCAAAGGUCUCCUGGAUGACCUUUGGCAGCAGAAGGUGUUCAGUACUGAGGACAAGGACACUGUGAUGGAGAACCACAAGAUCAGAGCAGACCAAGCACGUUGUCUGAUCGACAUGGUGAUGGGGAAAGGGGAGAGAGCAAGUCAGAUAAUGAUUGAUAGUAUGAAGGAGAGGGAUCCUGAAUUAUGCAUCACAUUGGGCCUGAUCUCUUCUCCUUCAUUGAAGUAAUUUUAAAGAAACUUUUUUUGACAAGACAAGCUGAAAAAGUAAAUGAUGCUGUCAUGUUCAGAAUAGAUCCUCCAUCCUGGGCUACUACAUGUGUACUAAGCUGUUCCCCUCAGUUACCUCCUAUAUCCAAGUAUAGAUAAGAAUUUUGUUACAUUAUAUUAUAAUAAUGUUAGUAUUGUUGUGAUCAUGGAGUUUGUAAACAAAGUUGACAUUAUGCCAAAGAAAGAAUACAUUUUUGCUUCUCUUGACAUUUUUAAUAAUCCACUGAAUUUUAUUCAGGUUGCAUUUUUUACAUUUUCAUAUCAGUUUUAUUUUUUAUAUUUUAUAUAUUUUUUAUAUGUUAUCAUGGAUAUGACCAAAAUCAAACUUGCAGGGUUCUAACCAUAACAUUAGCCUGACACAGGAAUGUUCAGACCUCUGUUCGGGGCAAAAUAAAAUGGUCAAACAUA